CAUGAGGCGCCCUUGGCUUCUCUAAUGUGGUGUUAAACAUCAAUAUCACCGCGCGAGGUGACAUCUCAUCAAAGAAGAUCCUGGGAUGCACAUGGUCUAUCCCACGCACUGCAGCGUAUUGGAGUCCUACUAUAUAGACAGUCCAAUUUACGGUGAACAACAGUACAGCCACGAGGGAAUUACCAUCACAAAACGGACCGGUCAUAUAUAUGUAUGCAGGCUCUCUGCAUUUGCAACCUGACGGCUCCUUUUCUCUCUUUUCCUCUCCUUAUAAGCUACGGAGUACAGACAGUUGAACAUUGAUUCCUCGACUAUUGACACUGGCACGGAGCGAGUUUAUACCGAGUAUCUGGCCAAGUACACACAGCGACAGAGUACACCAUGAUGAUGUUCACCGAAGAAGAGUACGAAUCUCUUCCUCCAGCAUUACAGAGAAAGUUCUUCUCGAAUACCGAACGCCUACGCAUGCGUCUAGCCCACAGCGAUCCCAGCUCAACUGCCAAUGGUGGACCUGACUAUCCCGCAUCGGCUCUUGCCAGUGCGCUGCCCCGGCGCCUCCACUUUCAGAAUCUCCGGCGUCGGCCUAAUCAUACUACUACUGCUGCUACUCCUGCUAGUGCCACUGCUGGUUCAGCUGUGAGAAGGAGGGCUUCUGCCAAUAACAACAAGAAGAAGCGGUCUCGUCGUCUCAAUACAUUCUCCUCUCACGAUUCCUACAAUUCCUCGGUCACCGCUUCCUCUCUCCUCCCUCCUUCCUCAGCUCAGAAGCCUCAGCUCAGCUCCUUGCAAUUGGCCUAUCUCUCCGCCCAGGUCGACUCGCAGUGCUUUCAAUCGUUACCCCCCAAGGUCCAACAGAAGUUCUUUUCGCCAGACGAGCGCGCCUAUCUUCGUCAAGUGUACCGCGACAGUGUGAUUCUUGACUCGGCCGACCAAGCUGUCUAUCGAUUGGAACAGAAGAAGAAACAAACGCAUCCUUCUUGUGAAAGUUUACCGUCCGACACGACCACCACCGACCUCUCCCAAACCUCUACCCUUUAUAUCGAGUCGUCCGAUUCCGGCUGGGACACGGAAGGAGAGCCCGACGACGAGAUGGACAACUCGAUCAACGACAGUUUCCGUUGGCUCGAUGGAGAUGGCGACCUCGACCUAAGACUGGAUGAUUAUCACGCCCAUGUUGCCAACGCCAAUCCCGUUCCCAAGCAGCCGCCGCGGAGGAAGCCUUCCUUCCGGCGCACAAUGUCCUUCUCCGCGAACCGCCAGGCUCGUAAAGCUGCUUCGUCCAUCUCUAACUGUGCGGUCCCCGGUUCGAGCCAGUCUUCCACGGUCCCCUCGUCCCUGGCCAAUAUCGUUGGUCGCACUUCGACCUCCCGGCCGCCAUCCGGUUAUCAACGACCGACCAUGCACGCCCCUCGUUCAUCCACUUCAAGCAUCGACCCCGCCGCACAAUAUUACCAAGACCCUGAAGCCCGCCUCAAGCUACGGGUCUACCUAGCCUCGCCGCAGAAAUUCGACGAAGCCAUCGAGUUCGGAUUCCCGGCCUUGAACGACGGUAAAAACGAUAAUACCCUCUCAGAACGUCCGGAAAGGGUUUCGGAGGGUCUUGCCUCACCAAAGGUGCAGAAGUUAACCGGCACGUUUUUCGAGGAUGCGAAUGGAGCAGUUCACGGUCACCGUUGUUCGACUGACAAGAAUCGGCGGAAAUCGUCCCGGUUGUCGACCGUUGCGAGAGUACCUCAGAACCUAAAGAAUCCGCCAAACAAACGUCAAACAUGCACAGCUGCGCCUCCACCAGCCCUCCGACGGGUACCCGGGAACCGGGAAAUGACGCUGAAGAUGACCUUGACCAGGCCCGAUCUUCGCGAGCAAUCAUCUCCAUCAGUAUCUCCCACCUCAGCAGAAGAUCCGCUGAAACCAGAAGAGCUGCCUCCGGUCGCUGAUAGCUAUCCUGACAUCUGGGAUGAGUCUGAUUCGGAGCAACAAAACGUCAUGAAAAAGAUGUGGCGCAGGCUUCGGAAACCAAAGUACUAGCCAUCUUCCGUCUCAUUCCUUUCUUUGUUUCGUUUCGUUUUAUUUGAAUACCCUCGGAUGUGUAUGUUUGGCCGGUGUUCACGGUGUUAUUCGUCUAUUUCUCUCUUGUAUUGAUACCUAUUUGUACGGUUUUUGAUGUUAGCGACUCGGACACUUCACCUUUUCC